CACACUGUGGGAUUAUGGAUAGCUGUUGAGUGGUUUGUAGUUAAGACUUCCACACUGUCCCAGGACUUCACUCACACAUUCUCCUCAACAUGAAGACUCUCCUAGCUGUACUGGUCCUGUUUGCCGCUGUGCUACACACUGUGUUGUCUUGUCCGCUGUGUGAAGGUGAGGGACUCAAGUGUUUCACCUGUGUGGCUAAUAACCAGGACGAGUGUAACCGGCAGGGGUCUACAGUGUGUCCGGCUCACUCAGAUGCCUGCUCUACAAUCACAGGACCCCAAUCAGUGAUGAAGUCAUGUGCUUACAAGUCCUUCUGUGACAAGUCUCACAUGAGCAAUGGUGAGAUGAAGCUGGAAUGCUGCUUCACCGACGACUGUAACGGCCCUCACCGGUCCCACAGCCACGGGGAGCACCAAAACGCUGCCAUGGCCCUGAGCUCCAGCCCUGUCCUGCUCCUGGGGGUCCUGCUCAUUAGAGUGGCUGUCAGUUAAAUGUAAACCCUAAACACACUGACCUAUUGUAUUACAUGCUAAAUUAAUCCGCAUCUGAUGGAUUCAUGUAAACUGUAACUGUUAACUGUAAAUGUAAAUGAUAGAUAUGCUUUUGUCUAUUGAAUGGCCACAUUAUCUGUGCAUGUGCUUCUGCUGUUAUACAUACAAGGUUUAAAUAAGCCCUACUUAGAAUGUGUCGUUUUAUGUUGUAUAUGAACUCAAAUGAGUAUCUAUGAAACUAAUGAAUAAAGUAAUAAAUUACUAUUUUAUUGUCA